CUGGACAGACCCAGCAUGGGGCUGGCUCUGCCUCUAACGCCGCCACGUGGCAACAUCGCCCCCUACUGGCGACGGCCCGCCCGGGGCUUUCGACUCGCGGGGAGCCGCCGCCGCCUCCACUCGCAAGCCGAAGUCGUCGCCGCCGCCGUCAUGUCGGCGAUGAAUUUUGGCACCAAAAGCUUUAAGCCGCGACCUCCAGACAGAGGAUCCUUUCCACUCGACCAUCUCGGGGAGUGCAAGGAGUUCAAGGAGGCCUUCAUGAAGUGCCUCAGUGAAUGUAACUAUGAAAAUGUGCAGUGCCGGUUGCAAGCCAAAGAAUACUUGGAGUGCAGAAUGGAGAGGCAGCUGAUGUCCCAGGAGCCACUAGAGAAGUUGGGAUUUAAGGAUCUCAUGGGCGAGGAUGGAAAGAAACCUGAAGAGACAUCCUCCUGUCAUCCCCGAUAACAAAACAAGCGUAAUGGCAAGGUGUAAAUAACUUUCUGCUCAAACGAGAGAUGCUGGGGUGAUAUUGGAUCGUGUGAGAUAGUUUUGUUUUUAAAGAGAAAAUGUAAAAAAAAAACAUACAUAAGGUCUAUUCUUGGGAGUUCUUGCAUUUCGACCUUCAAUCACCAAUGGAAGAAAAUCUACAGGAAAAUUAGCAUUUUGUCAAAAGUUCCUUGAAGGGUAUUGGCAUUUACAUUGUAAUCUGCUUAAAUAUAUGUGCAGCUUGAUGAACUUAAUUUUCCUAAUUUAACUACAAGCAAUAGUAUGAUGCUUUUUGUGAAUGUAUUUUGACAAGGUUAAACAUAUAGUUGUACUUGUAUAAUUUAACAUGUGUAUGUUCAAUAAAGUGUUGGGGUUUUUGUUUUCACCGCCA